AUGUUACAUGAAACUUGCAAACAAGAGUUCAAUGACUGGCCUCAAGCACUCCUUGUAAUUGGGACACUUGGGAAUGAUAAUUUGAAAGGGGAUUUGGAUCAUCAUAGCAGUAAUACAAGUACUUCACAAGAUUCAUCACAAGACGAUGAUUGUGUGCAAGAGUUCAUCACACUUGAUGCAGCUGGAAAUCAUGAUCAAAAUAAUGAACUCAACAUUUAUUUCCGGGAACAGCUGGUAGUGGAAUCAAAUGGGGUCAUCACAGAACAGAAAGAAGACAACAUAGAUAAGAAACAACGUUUGAACAGUCAACAUUCAAGCUUGCAAGUUGAAGGUAAAGAAACUGAGACAUUUUCUGAUGGUGACAAUAGCAGCAAGGCUGGAAAUUUCUACCCAAACAGCAGUGUGAUUCGCUGUUUGGAUAAGAGUGCGAGUGUCAAUGGAAGGAAAUCACUUGUUUUUCUUCUUAAGAAGAUGUUUGUCUGUAGAAGUGGAUUUCCACCUACAGCUCCCAGUUUCAGUGAUCUUCUCUCCACACAAUCGACAAUGGAAAAGAUUUUAAGGGCAAGACUCCACAAAAAGUUAUAUCGUCAUGGUUCAAGUUCAUCAAUUCCUAUGAAGAAGUGCUUGGAAAACAAACAUGCACCCAAGUCCGACAAUGGUGAAGAUGAUCUGACUUCAGAUGCAGACAGUGGAAGUAAAUGGGACAACACAGAUUCAGAAUAUAUCGUUCUUGAGAUAUAAACAGUUUCUUCUCAUCAGUUAAAUUUGUUCAUAGAAAAGUUACUAUCUGCAAACAGCAAGGAAUUUCAACUUUGUUCAUCUACAUCAUUCUUGUCAACCAGAGGAUGAAUCGGGAAAGCAGUCUAUAACCUUUCUAGCACAAGAAUGUCAUAGUGCUUAAUCUAGCUUAAUUUGUAAUUUCUAAUAAACUGAUAAAUGCACCAAUAUCUGGCCUUCUGCUAGAAUUUGUUAGAGUAAUUAUAAACAUAAAUUUUCAGUCGACAUUCAAUCAACACACACUUUAAUAGUAGCUUAUAACCACCGCAAAUUUUAGCGGUGGUUGAAAAGUGUGUGUCGAUUGAAUGUUACUGAAAAGUGUAUG